AUGGCUGACAACAACAACAACCACCACUCAUUUGACGCCAUCAUCAUUGGCAGCGGACUGGCCGGUCUGAGCACUGCCUUGACCAUUCUCGAUGCGGGAGGACGGGUUUUGAUUUUGGAAAAGGAACCCAAAUUGGGAGGCAACUCCAUGAAAGCGUCCUCGGGCAUUAAUGCCGCUACCACGGACGAGGAACGCCACGCCUUUCGUCAAGACACACUCCACAGUGCGGGUGACGCCACCAACCCCGCUCUGGUCGACACAUUGGUCCAACACAGCCAAGAAGCCGUCUUGGGAUGGCUGCGAGAACGAUUGCAAGUCGAUCUGUCCCAAGUCGCACAGUUGGGAGGACAUUCUCAACCACGCACGCAUCGACCGGCGGGAAAAUUGCCCAUUGGAGCGGAAAUCAUGAUCAAGUUGCAAGCGGCCGUCAAGGAAUUUGAAGGCAAACAAGAACAAGACAAUGGUGUCCUUCAAAUUUGUACCAGUGCCAAAGCCACUCAAUUGGUACAAGACGAUCAGGGCCGUGUCGUCGGUGUGGCCUAUACUAUUACCACUGAAGAAAAGGAACAAGAAGUCGUAGCCCACGCCGCCAAUGUCGUCUUGGCCACGGGUGGAUUUGCCGCCGAUCGAUCCAGCACGUCCUGGCUGGCCAAGGUUCGUCCCGAACUAUUGGCAUUGGGAGCCACGGCCGGAGAAUUCUCCACGGGCGAUGGGUUGACAUUGGCAUCGGCCCUCAACGCCAAUCUUGUGGGUAUGCAACACAUUCAAGUGCACCCCACGGGGUUUGUGGAUCCCAAGGAUCCGGACAACCCCAACAAGUUCUUGGCGGCCGAAGUCUUGCGAGGUGUAGGAGGUAUCUUGUUGACACCACAAGGAAAACGCUUUUGCAAUGAGAUUGGGAGACGUGACUAUGUGACGGACAAGAUCUUUUCUCUCAAUGCAAAGUACGCAGAGACAAAGACAUGGCAAGGUGGUAGCGAUGAAAAGGUGCCCCAGGUAUAUCUCUUGGUAUCCGAAGAGGGUGCCGCUGCCAUUCAGAAACAUGUUGACUUCUACGCCUGGAAGGGGUUCUUGACCAAAGUCAAGGGAGCCAAAGAGGUCGCCGAAUACAUGGGAAUGGACGCCGAAACCAUUGGUGCGACACUACAGGAGUAUCAGGAUGCCGCCAAGGCCGGUGCCGACUCGUUUGGAAAGAGUCGCUUCUUGGCCGUCCCACAACUGGACGAGGAGAGUGCCAACUACUACGUGGGCAAGGUCGAACCUGUGCUGCACUAUUGCAUGGGAGGCGUUCAAAUCAACCCGCGAGGACAAGUGCUAAAGGACGAGAGCACCAUCAUUCCAGGCUUGUAUGCCUGUGGGGAAGUCGCGGGCGGAUUGCACGGCAAGAAUCGAUUGGCCGGCAAUUCCUUGUGUGAAUGUGUGGUCUUUGGACGCAUCGUCGGCCAAGGCAUUGUCAAGUGCGAGAACGCUGCCAAGAUAUAA